AUGGGCAAAAAGACCAGUUUCAUUCAUAUUAUAAUACUUCAAUAUCCUCUAAAAACUUAUCAAAAACCAAUAUCAAGCCAUUGGUUAUACCAGCUAACAACUGCUCAGCAAUAUUUGACAAAUAAAAAUACUCACCUAAUAUUUGCACAAUGGUUUAUUACUGAGCUAGAACAAUCACAAAAUGUUCCUGGUGGAUAUCUUAAAAAAUGGAGAUGA